AUGGAUCACAUGUCUCCCAGGCUGAGAGCCUUCCUCUCUGAACCCAUCGGAGAAAAGGAUGUUGCCUGGGUGGACGGGAUCAGCCGUGAGCUUGCAGUCAAUUUGGUCACCAAAGGUUUCAGCAAGGCCUACAUCCUGUUGGGACAGUUCCUUCUGAUGCACAAGAACGAAGCAGAGUUUCAGAAGUGGCUCAUCUGUUGUUGUGGUGCCACCGAGUGUGAGGCCCAGGAGAGUUCUCAUUGUCUGAAGGAGUGGUGCUCCUGCUUCCUGUAG